ACAUCGAGUGAGCAUUGUGGGAUUGAAACUUGCCGAACAUUGAAUUGUUCUUUUUACUUUGAAUAAGAUAAUCGUUCAAAUUUGGUACAAAAUGUCUUCUAGGGGAGGUGAUGCUAGGGUAUAUGUUGGAAAUCUUCCACCUGAUAUCAGGACCCGCGAUAUAGAUGAUUUGUUUUACAAAUUUGGGAAGAUUUUGUUCAUCGAUCUGAAAAACAGCAGAGGUCCUCCAUUUGCCUUUGUGGAGUUUGAGGAUCCAAGGGAUGCUGAAGAAGCUGUGUUCCAGCGUGAUGGUAUUAAUUAUGAUGGCUACACCCUCAGAGUUGAAUUUCCUCGUGGCGGUGGACCUGGCUUUGGAGGUGGAAGAGGUGGGGGUGGAAGGGGCGGUGGCCGAGGUUUUGGUGACCGAGGUGGUGGAGGUGGUGGAGGUGGAGGAGGUGGCGGAGGUGGCCGAGGAUUCAGCGGCGGCCGAGGUAUUGGCGGCAGAGGGCGGGGCCGGGGGCGUGGAGGUCCUCCAUCACGACGAUCCGAGUAUAGAGUUCUUGUGUCAGGUCUGCCUUCAACUGGUAGCUGGCAAGACUUGAAGGAUCACAUGCGAGAAGCUGGUGAUGUCUGCUAUGCUGAUGUUUUUAAGGAUGGAACUGGUGUGGUGGAAUUUCUCAGGAGAGAAGAUAUGAAAUAUGCUGUUAAAAAUUUAGAUGAUACCAAGUUUCGUUCCCAUGAGGGCGAGACCAGUUUUGUUAGAGUAAAACAAGAUGGUCGUGGGGGACGAUCAAGAAGUCGUAGCACGUCUCCGAGGCGACGCAGCAGUCCCCGGUACUCACCAAUGAGAUCUCGGUCACGUUCACCUUUCUGAGCAGCAUCCGACCAGCUGUUACUGUGUGAAUCAGGACUUCCUAUGGUCACUGAAAAUACGACUGCAGUAUUUUCCCAGCUUAGGUAUUAACAUUACAGGAAGCAUCUUAUGUAAUAUCAUUUUUUGUCUUUGUGCCUAAAAUAACAAUAUUUGCUAUUGGGCAUGUUCUAGUAAUGAUUUUAUAUUUGUGACAGUGUAUGGAGAAAAAUGCAGAAAGUUUGAUUACAGUUCUCCUUUAGUUUAGUGUAUUCGUCUUUGGCUUACUGAUAAUUUUUUAGGCCUAAUAUACAUGUAUUUUUAUGUGUACCUCUUUCCAUGUGUAUGUUACUAUAUAUACAAUUUCCUCUACAUUACAAUACACAAUAAUUAUUCAGUAUUAUUACUCAUGUGACUGUCUUGAUCAUAAUUGAUUUCCAGGGUAAAUUGUUCUCUCAAAACUUAACGAAAAAUUUACCCACUUUACUUAACUGGAUAUAUAUAUAUAUAACAAUGAAAAGGUUAUGCACAGAUCCCCACAAUACUGAUAAGAACAUUACAAAAAGUAAAUUAUUUCUUCUUUUUUGUGUGGGGAUAUUCAAGUUUUAAAGAAGUUAGAAAAUAAUGCAUUUACAAUGUAAUCAUUUAGAAGUGCAAUUCCAUGUAGUCCUUCAUUAGAAUAACUACUGUAUGACUAUAUAAAAGGAUCAUUAUAUACUUCUAAUGUAAAUGUCAACGUUUCAUACUUAUAUUAAAUGUGAACAUUGUUGAGUCAUGUUUUCUUCUUGAUUAGUUAAAAGAUAUAAAUGAAAUACAUUUUAAUUUCGUCCUUUACAUUUGGAUUUUCGAUUUCUUUUUAAUUGAAUGAAGUAUUGGUUUCCAGCAGUCUUUGAACUUUUGUUGAGUAUUUAUGGUUUAUAUAUUUAGUCCUAAAAAUGUCUCAAUUUAAAAAGAAUUAAUUAAAUUAAUCUUUUUAACGUUGUAUCUUGCUACACAAAUUUUAAAUUUUUUUAUCCUUGUCAUUAAUAUUAUUUUUCAUUGUAAUCACUAAUUUUUUCUGUUUUUCUUUUUUGUCCAGUUUUGGUAAAGGAUUAUAAUCUUGUUGGAUGUUUUGGGGACUGAAAAGGAUUGCAAUCCUGUUCUUGGCUGUAUUGGGAAUGAGCAGGAUUGAAAUCAUGGAAAUAUAGGGAUUGGAAAGGAUCAUAAUACGUUUAAAAGGAGCAAAAAGGAAAUAAGGGAAAAAAUUCAAAAUCCCAGGAAAAAUGUAGGAUCAUUGCAUAGAGAUACAGGCUGAAAAAAGUACUCCAAAGGAUUGCACCCAAACCUAUAUAAAGAAGAAAGGUAUUCUUCAUUGGCAAAUACUUCAUAAAUUUGUAAAGAGCUAUAGUUUAGGUACGAUGACAAACACAAGGAUGUCAAAAUGGAUGGAUGGAUUGCAUUGUUACAUUAUUAAAGGAUGUGCAGUGUGAAUGAGGAGGAUGGGGAUAUGCCUUGUAUGGCUUUUCUUCCAGUGAGGAAAAUGUAGCCUUAUUAUUCCAGUUGUGGGAGAAAAAAAUUAGAAAUUUGGAUGAGUUAUAUUUGGUAGGCAAACAGAUUUAUCUGGAUUUGAAGUUUAAAAGGCUAAGGGCAUUUGCUUGGAUACCAGGUAGUUGUGUACAGGAGAGAUAUGCAUGACAAAAUUAUAUAUAUCUGGAAGAACGUUUUUUUUUAUAUAUAUAAAUAGGAGGUUGGAUAAAGCACAGCAGUUGGACACAGGAUUUUUAGGAAUUGAAUGGAUAAAGCAUUCGUAGAGGAUUUUUAGGAAUUGAAUGGAUAAAGCAUUCGUAGAGGAAGUCCCACUUUAUCUCCAGAAGGAUUUUUUUUAACUACAGGCUUGGGGGAAAAAAGAAGGAUGGAUAAAAUUCACACAAUUCACACUUUAAAUAUUUUGGAGUGUUUCACCCUCAAUUAGAAAGGAGUUGAAAUAUUAAUGAAUCACAUGUACAGAUCAUAAUUCCCACACUUUCACUUUGGAGGUCGUUUUCAUGAGGAUACCAACAUAUUGCUCAGUUACAAGGAUGGAAGUAUUUGUUGGUAAGGAUUCAUUGUGGAUUCCUUUUGCAAAAUGAAAUUUUAAAAAUCAAUAUAUGGACAAUUUAUUUAAACCAUGUAUUAGUUUUAAUUAAAUUGGUUGUAUAUCCUGCCAAACAGUCUUAAAAUAUUUAUUACAAUUAAUGUUGAUUUCAAAAUGAGUUGCUUCAUUAAUUAAUUUGUCCCAACUGUUAUAAUAGGUAUGGUAUGGAGAUCUAGCAGCUAUGGAAGAAAAUACUAGUGGUAGUAAUAGCUUGUAGGACCAGGGAGUAUAUUACAAUCAAGGGAUUUUUAUUGUGUUGUUGUUUUGUAAUUUUGUCACAUAGUUUACAUAUGUAUAUAUACAUGUCAUUUUAUUUUAUUUUAUAUACGUCAGUAUGAUUAGUAUUGUACAAACUCUACAUCGGUAAAUUGUAUUGUAUUGUGUCAUCUGUUGACAUCCCUUUUCAAUCUCAGGCGGAGGGAAGAGUCUCAAACUGCAAAAUAAGGGGCAAUAAUCAUAGCAUAGAUGUACGUUCAUCAAGUCCAUUUGAUAGGUUUUCCAUAUUAAUAAAGAGAAGAGAUUGUGAGACUGCUACAAGGGAAGUGCAACUUGAACUUUUUAUGACAAUAUACCAGCUGAUCAGCAACACAAGUUUAUGUUGGAGCUUACAUGGACAGACACUGUUUACUUUCAUAGAAAAACCACGCCUCACCAUAGGAUUUUGUUCCAUUUUUAUUUUUAAAUAAUCCAAAGCAUGUUGUAUGCAAGCUUUGUGGAUUUCAUAUUUUUAAUAUAGGUGCUUUUGUUCAUGUAGUGUGUUCAGAUUAAAAAUCGAACAAAG